GCGUAAUAUAAAACAAAUUUCAACGACAAAAAACCGAAUCGGCAAGAUUUUGUGCUGCGUUUCUUCCUGCUAUUACAGUGGACAAACUAUUUUCCUCCGUUUCUCUUUACAAACUAUGUCUAUAACAAAAACUAUGUUAAGAUAAGUGAACAAAACAGCGUUACAUUAAAGUCUUACAACAAUAAUCUUGUACGAAUUAAGAACAAACUCAACGUGAAGUCGGGCGUCGACCGGUCCAUCCCUCCUACCGUAACCGUCGGCGACUCCGCCGCCUGUCAGUCGCAAUCUUCAUUUUGUAUCAGCGCCUCGCGCGGUCUCGGAACGCGGGUGCAUUUUUAAAAGUGUUGUGAGGUGCAGUGUCGGUCGGCGCGACCGUUUAAUGUGUUCAGUGCCGGCGUUAGUAAAGCAAGUCGAGGCGCGCGGCGUGGUUCGCGAUGGUUGACAUGGAUAGGAACGACCCGGAGCUCCGGUAUCUCUCGGUGGAUCGGAACAGCUUCAACGACCCGGCUACUCAGGCAGAAUGGACGCAGAAGCGCUUAGUAUGGGUGCCCCACGAGACCCAAGGUUUCGUGGCGGCUGGGAUCAAGGGCGAGAGAGGAGACGAGGUGGAAGUGGAGAUCGCCGAAUCGGGGAAGCGGAUGCUGGUCCAGAUAGAUGACAUCCAGAAGAUGAAUCCUCCCAAGUUUGACAAGGUGGAGGACAUGGCCGAGCUGACAUGCCUGAAUGAAGCUUCAGUGCUGCAUAACAUCAAGGACAGAUAUUACUCUGGCCUCAUUUAUACAUACUCCGGCCUCUUCUGCGUGGUGGUCAACCCGUACAAAAAGCUGCCCAUCUACACGGAGAAGAUCAUGGAGAGGUACAAAGGCAUAAAGAGGCACGAGGUACCACCACACGUGUUCGCCAUCACCGACACAGCAUACCGCUCUAUGUUACAAGAUCGCGAAGACCAGUCCAUCCUCUGCACGGGAGAAUCGGGCGCCGGAAAGACAGAAAAUACGAAAAAAGUCAUACAGUACCUCGCAUACGUCGCUGCCUCAAAACCUAAAGGAUCCGGAGCGGGACCCUCACCACAGUUGAUAAUAGGCGAAUUAGAACAACAAUUAUUGCAAGCCAACCCCAUACUUGAAGCGUUUGGUAACGCUAAAACAGUCAAAAACGACAACUCGUCAAGAUUCGGCAAAUUCAUAAGAAUAAACUUCGACGCGUCCGGCUACAUUGCCGGCGCGAACAUAGAGACAUACCUCCUGGAGAAGUCGCGCGCCAUUCGCCAGGCGAAAGACGAGCGGACCUUCCACAUCUUCUACCAACUCCUCACCGGGGCGACGCCGGAGCAGCGGGCAGAGUACAUUCUUGAGGACCCGAAGAGUUACCCGUUCCUGUCUAAUGCGGCGUUACCAGAAUCCUUUACAGUGCCCGGUAUCGACGACGCCCUAGAGUUCCAAGCCACCAUCAAGUCCAUGAACAUCAUGGGCAUGAACAACGAGGACUUCAACUCGAUAUUCAGAAUAGUAUCGGCCACGCUGCUGUUUGGAUCCAUGCAGUUCAAGCAGGAGAGGAACUCCGACCAGGCUACGCUGCCUGAUAACACUGUUGCUCAAAAAAUUGCUCAUUUACUCGGUCUUUCCGUAACGGAGAUGACAAAGGCUUUCCUCAAACCGAGGAUCAAGGUCGGUCGCGACUUCGUAACGAAAGCGCAGACGAAAGAACAAGUGGAAUUCUCAGUGGAAGCCAUCGGUAAAGCGUGCUACGAGCGCCUCUUCAGGUGGCUUGUCAACAGGAUCAACAGGUCUCUGGACAGGACCAAGAGGCAAGGAGCUUCCUUCAUCGGCAUCCUCGAUAUGGCCGGUUUUGAAAUCUUCGAUCUCAACUCCUUUGAGCAGCUCUGCAUCAACUACACAAAUGAAAAGCUCCAACAACUCUUCAACCACACCAUGUUCAUCCUAGAACAGGAAGAAUACCAGAGGGAAGGCAUCGAAUGGAAGUUUAUCGACUUCGGACUCGAUCUACAGCCGACUAUCGACCUUAUUGACAAACCCAUGGGCAUCAUGGCCUUGUUAGACGAGGAAUGUUGGUUCCCCAAAGCCACGGAUAAAACAUUCGUCGAAAAGUUGGUCUCCGCUCAUUCUGUCCACCCCAAAUUCAUGAAGACCGACUUCCGAGGCAUCGCCGACUUCGCUAUCAUACAUUACGCUGGCAAAGUAGACUACUCCGCUGAGAAAUGGCUGAUGAAGAACAUGGACCCGUUGAACGAAAAUGUGGUUUCCCUUCUUCAGUCUUCCCAGGAUCCCUUCGUAUGUCACAUCUGGAAGGACGCUGAGAUCGUCGGCAUGGCGCAGCAGGCUAUGACGGACACUCAAUUCGGUGCCAGAACGAGAAAGGGUAUGUUCAGAACCGUCUCUCAACUGUACAAAGAGCAGCUGACAAAACUUAUGGCCACACUCAGAAACACAAAUCCGAACUUCGUCAGGUGUAUCAUUCCUAACCACGAGAAGAGGGCGGGUAAGAUCGAAGCACCUCUGGUCUUAGAUCAGCUCAGAUGUAAUGGUGUGUUGGAGGGCAUCAGGAUAUGUAGACAAGGUUUCCCUAACCGAAUUCCAUUCCAGGAGUUCAGACAGCGAUAUGAACUGCUAACCCCCAACAUCAUCCCUAAAGGUUUCAUGGACGGAAAGAAGGCGUGUGAGCAGAUGAUCGAAGCGUUAGAGCUCGAUCACAACCUGUACCGCGUUGGUCAGUCAAAGAUCUUCUUCAGGGCUGGUGUACUGGCCCACUUGGAAGAGGAAAGAGACUAUAAGAUCACGGACUUGAUUGUGAACUUCCAGGCGUUCUGCCGGGGAUUCUUAGCAAGGAGGAACUACCAGAAGAGAUUGCAGCAACUGAAUGCGAUCAGAAUCAUCCAGAGGAACUGCGCUGCUUACCUCAAGCUUAGGAAUUGGCAAUGGUGGAGAUUGUAUAUAAAGGUGAAACCUCUCCUAGAAGUGACGAAGCAGGAGGAGAAGCUGACGCAGAAGGAGGACGAGCUCCGUCAGAUCCGUGACAAGCUGGACACGCAGAUGAAGCGCUGCCAGGAGUACGAGCAGAAGUUCCAGCAGGCCAGCGCCGAGAAAACUCAACUGGCUGAGCAACUGCAGGCGGAGUUAGAGCUAUGCGCCGAAGCGGAAGAAUCUCGCGCUCGCGCAGCCGCCAGGAAGCAGGAGCUAGAAGAACUCCUGCAUGACCUGGAGGGCAGGAUCGAGGAGGAAGAGGAGAGGUGUAGCGCGCUGCAGCAGGAGAAGAAACGGUUACAGCUUAACAUACAGGGCGCUCAAGAGCGAGCUGCUCGACUCGCUCGACACCACCGCCGCUCAACAAGAACUCCGCUCCAAGCGCGAGCAAGAAGUAGCGGUUCUAAAGCGAAGCUUAGAAGAGGAGGCUGCCACCCACGAGAGCUCAUUGGCUGAACAACGACACAAGCACUCUCAGGAACUACAGCAGCUCAUGGAACAGCAUGAGCAGAUCAAGAAGGCUAAAGCUGGCCUUGAGAAAGCCAAGCAAGCCCUGAAAGCGGAGAACGCUGACCUAGCCACGGAGCUGAAGUCGGCGAGUGCGGCUCGAGCUGAAGGCGAGCGCCGCCGCAAGCAGGCCGAAGCUCAGCUGGCGGAACUAGCUGCUAAGCUGCAGGAGAACGAGAGAUCACGGGCUGAGGUUCAAGAGAAAUGCGUCCGUCUGCAGAGCGAGGCCGAGCAAGCCCUGGCCCAGUUGGAGCAGGCCGAGCUCAAGGCCUCGGCCGCCGUCAAGCAGGCCGCCACUAUCGGCGCGCAACACGCCGAGGCCCAGGCCUUAUUGGAGGAAGAAACCAAACAGAAGCUAGCUCUGCAAACACGUUUGCGCAAUGUGGAGCAACAGCUGGAACAGGCCCGGGACCAGCUGGACGAAGAGGAGGAGGCGAAGAAGAACUUCGAGAAACAGGUCGCCGCCCUCACUAUCCAAGUGGCUGAAGCCAAGAAGAAGGCGGAAGAGGAAGCAGAAGCAGCAGCCAUUUUGGAAGAAGCGCGGAAGAAGCUCAGCAAGGAUAUCGAAGCACUGCACCGGCAGAUCGACGAGCUGCAGCAGGCCAACGAUAAACUUGACAAAAGUAAAAAGAAGAUUCAAGCCGAACUGGAAGACACGAACAUAGAAUUGGAAGCACAGCGUGCCAAAGUCAUGGAAUUGGAGAAGAAACAGAAGAGCUUCGACAAGGUCGUAGCAGAGGAGCGUGCAGUGGCGGAGCGCUACGCGGCCGAGCGGGACCAGGCGGAGCGCGAGGCGCGCGACAAGGAGACCCGCGUGCUCUCGCUCACCAGGGAACUGGACGAUGCCGCUGAAAAGAUCGAAGAACUAGAACGCACGAAGCGUCUCCUACAGUCCGAGCUCGACGAGCUCGCGAACACGCAAGGAACCGCCGACAAGAACGUCCACGAGCUGGAGAAGGCCAAGCGGGCGCUCGAGUCGCAGUUGGCUGAACUCCGGGCCCAGAACGAGGAGAUCGAAGACGAUCUGCAGUUGACUGAGGAUGCUAAGCUGCGUUUGGAAGUCAAUAUGCAGGCCAUGCGAGCCCAGUUUGAGAGGGAUCUCCAGGCCAAAGAAGAGCAAGGCGAGGAGAAGCGGCGCGGCAUCGUGAAGCAGUUGCGCGACCUGGAGGCCGAGCUGGAGGAGGAGCGCAAGCAGCGCGCCGCCGCGCUCGCCAUGAGGAAGAAGCUCGAGGGCGAGCUCAAGGACGCCGAGCAGGCGCUGCACCUGGCCAACAAGGUGAAAGAAGACGCCACGAAGCAACUGAAGAAGCUCCAGCAGCAACUGAAGGAGGCCGUCCGCGAGGCCGAGGAGGCCCGCGCCGGCAAGGAGGAGGCCUGCACGGCGGCGCGCGACGCCGAGCGGCGCGUGAAGGCGCUGGAGGCCGAGGCGCUGCAGCACGCCGAGGAGCUGGCCGGGGCCGAGCGCGCCCGCCGCCAGGCCGAGGCCGAGCGCGACGACCUGCAGGACGAGCUCAACAACACCACCAGCAAGAGUACACUUCUAGUAGACGAGAAGAAACGUCUGGAAGCGCGGAUAGCGGCGCUUGAAGAGGACCUGGACGAGGAACAGUCCAACAAUGAAAUACUCAAUGACCGCCUUAGGAAGGCACAGAACCAAAUCGAUCAAGUCACAAUGGAGCUCGGUACAGAGAAGUCCGCCACGCAGAAGCUGGAGAGCGGUAAACUUGUCCUGGAGCGACAGAACAAGGAACUCAAGGCCAAGCUGGCCGAGCUGGAGACCGCACAGCGGACCAAGACCAAGGGCGUAAUCACGUCGCUAGAGCUGAAGGUGGCCAACCUGGAGGAGCAGCUGGAGGCGGAGUCGCGCGAGCGCCUCGCGCAGCAGAAGGCGUCGCGCAAGCUCGACAAGAAGAUGAAGGAGCUGGCGCUGCAGCUGGACGAGGAGCGCCGCCACGCCGACCAGUACAAGGAGCAGAUAGAGAAGAUGAACAAUCGCGUGAAAGCGCUGAAACGCCAGCUGGACGAAGCGGAAGAAGAGGUCCAACGCGAGAAGGUCGGCAAGCGCAAGGCGCAGCGCGAGCUCGAGGACAUCCUCGAGACGCACGAGACGCUCACGCGCGAGUGCAACAACCUGCGCAACAAGCUGCGGCGGCAAGGCGGCGGGCCCAUCGGGCUGUCGAGCGGCUCGUCCUCGUCGCGCAUGAAGCGCUCCUCGCUGGCGCCCGGCGGCGGCUCCGGCGACGAGUCCUUCGACGACGUCAACGACACCACCAACAGCGUCGAGUAGGCCGCCCACGGCAACACGGCUCAACACAAGUAGCCCCUACUAUAAUAACCUCUCUGCUGGCAUUCUAUUUGUUAUAUAAUAAGCUGAGAGCUGUACACGGGCUAGCGCCUGACAAACAGCUUACGAUCAAUUGUCAGAGUAUAUGUUACUUAACAGCAUUUUUGCUCAGCUCGACAUUGUUGCUCUAUCACAGGUACUAGUUUUGUCAAAAGCCUUUGCAGAAUUGGCCAUCUUGUUGGGGCUAGUCUCGCUUUGACGAGUUUUUGCUCUCUUAUGUACAGCUGAUGUACAAAAGAAACUAUUUUUGAUCAUGUAGCUAUGCCUGUCGAACUUCACUAUUUUAUCUAUCACUUACGUUUAUUCAAAUAUCAAAUGUCAGUAUUUAAUGUCAUCAAUAUCGCCUCAUGUAAUCGUUAAGGAUUGCUUGCUAUUUAUCAUUGCAUCUGGCUACAUGAUAUAUUUAAGCAAGAAGUUAAUGCAAAGAAGGUAGAGGUCUUGUACUUAUUGAUGGGUGAUACAAAUAUUUCAACUUAAUUGUCUUACUGUAUCUAAAACUACGUUUUAUUAUGUUUGUAUCACAUGUAAAAUUCUUUUCUUUUGCUUUAUUAGUCUAAAUUACGAAAAAUUGCGAAUUUUUUACAGCAGUAGUGAAGUUCGUAUAAUGGUUAAUUUUACAACAAAUUAAUACUUUCAUUUAUACGUUUAAAAUUAUAUUAAAAUCGCCUGUCAUGUUUGUGUUAAUAGUAAUUAUAAUGUUAUAUUGUUUUGAGACCGUGUUGCCAAGUUAGUACCGAGUUAGGUCCGCGUCGUCAGCUUGUUAUAUGUAUAUUACUGUACACCCCAAACCAUAUCGCCUGAAAAUGAAUUGUCCUAAUGAAAUGAUACAUUUUGCAUGUCUGUUGUAAAAAUAUCUGCGACUAGGAUGCGUCCUAAUCGGAUUUGUUUUUAUACGAAUACUAUACCUACGGUCACGUUUGAAAAUAUCGAUACUGACAAAGUGCCAAAAAUAUGUAUACACUACCCUAAUAUAUGGGUCAUAAAGUCGCGUAUAUUUUUGGCACUUCGAUCGUAUCGAUGUUUUCAGACGUGACUGUACAAACUUUUUGUUUAUUCCACAGUGAGAGACAUAGAUGGCGUGUUAGCCAGCCAUACUUGAAUUGUGUUAGUUGUUAUUUAAGCAACUCCGAUAUGGAUGCACCUUUAAAUGUUGUUUUAUGCAUUUAACGGUCUGCGAAUCUCUACGCAUUUAAUUUUUUUUACGCCAUCAUAAUAUAUCAAGCAUUUUUAUAAAUUGGAGCAUUCACGAUCCAGUAUUAAUAACGGAACAUUCCUGACAAUGGAGAGUUUGCUAUUUUACCUUUGACCUAGUCUAGCGGGUAAAAUGUUGAAAUUACUCAUUGGGUGAUAUUGUGAUGAAAUUAAAAAAAAGAAAAAAAAAGUAUUAUUAAUAGUGGCAAAAGUACUUCAUAGUAAUUGGUUUAAUUGAUUAAAGCGACUGAGUAAUGAAGACUGUUGCGACAAUAUCGAGUCCCCCAAAAGCCGCAUUCUGGUUCACUUUUGCUUCCAAACUGGGCGCGUGUGAUUUUCGACUUUUUCGAUGUUUGACAACGCUCAGCCGCGCUCAGUCGGUUGCUUGUACAUGUAAAUAAUAUCAGUGGUUGUCACUGAGCGCUUAGUUGCCAUACAAAUUUAAUGAUACCUAGUAGUUAAGUAAGAACAUGUAAGCUUUCGGUGUGUGGCGUGGUGGCGGGGAAACUAGCAGUCGGUCUAAAAAUAGCUAAAAAUCAUUGUGAAUCCAUACAUUUUGUGAUUUAUCAAGCUAUUAUUGAACUGUCCAAUGACUUACUGUAAUAACUACCCCAAUACAACGAUAAUUGCUACAGUUUUUAUACAAAUUUACAGUUUUAUAUACAGUACAAAUAUUACCGCUGCCGCCGCGCCUCGUGGGUGUUUUAACAGAUUUUAACUAUCUAUCCCUUGUACUCCUUGGAUUUGUAAAUACACCGCUCUCGACACGCGAGCAAUGUUGCCAGGCGUCGACACGGCUUGCGUUACUCUAGACUUAGAUAAGACACAUAGUAAUAAAUUGUGGCCUUAGGUUUUUAUAUGGUUAACAUUCUCCUACGCGUGAGACAUUUUGAUACACCCGAUGUAACUUUGCGAGCAUUUUAUAUGACUAUUUACCGAAGUCUAAUUAUAUAGUUUCUUUUUCUGAAUAAUAAUAUAAAAUUUAAAUGUAAGUAAACCAUUGAAGCAUAAACAUAUUUUACAUAAAUAUUAUAUUUAAUUAUUAACAAUUAUAGAUAAUUGUAAAAUUGGCCAUAGGUUGUAACAAGUUAUCAGUUGGUAUGCCAAUUAAACAAUUUUUCAUGAUUUUUAA